AUGGUGGCACCUGGAUAUCUGUGCAUCGAUGACAGCGGCAGGUCAGCUCCACAGUGUCACGAGGACAGGCAGGAGGAUUGGAUGUGGUUUCCGGGAAGCGUUAAAGAGACAGCAGCUGAAGGCCUGUCCCACGAUUCCCUUGAUCAAAUCUCGCCCGAACGGACCUGGGGAAGGGCUGAGCGUUUCAAGUCCAAGGUGCAAGACGAGUGGCUGCUGGAGCAGUUCCUGAAAAAGCACCGCUUCGAUGACGUGAACGCCAGCCGCCAGAGCCGGGGACUUCUUCCUUUGCUCUCCUUGAAAAGCCCUGAACGCGUUUUCCCCAUUCACGUUGCAGCCCAGGAGGGAAAUUCGCAGAUUCUGCGUAUAUUGCUGCGGAGAGAGGUGGAUCCUCAGCAGCAAACCUCUCGCGGCCGCAGCGCCCUAGAGAUCGCCAAGGCCGAGAUGGUGAAGCGCGGCGAGGCGGAUCAUCCCAGCAUCAGCUUGUUGGACGGGCUCCGAUUUCUGCGGGCCCGUGAUCUGCGGCGUCGGUGCUUUCAAGACUAUUUCUGGCUAUCGCCUGCGUGCCGUGAUGACCCCACCAAGUGCCGAGGUGAUAAGUGCAUCAUCUUCCUAACGGCCGGGCCCGGCUAUAAUUUCGAACACCACAUGCAACGGGCCACGGCCUACGAUACGGCCAUGGCGAUUGCGGUGGCCAAAGAAUAUGCGGAUUAUCAGCGCAUGCCCGCAGAAAUGAAUAUGCUAUUUUAUUGGUGGACUCCAGACGACACCUUCGUGGCAAUGACGCCUCGGGAGAUCAUCUAUCCACCCAGUGAUCGUGCCGCUUUCUUUCGCGGAGAUUAUCGGGGUGGAAAUCCGGACCAGCCGAUUGAGAAGUAUGCCAGUCAAGAUUUGGCCUUCCUGGCGCCGAGCGUAAUGGAGCUGAUGAAGGCGUUGUACAUCGAUAUCAACGUUGUGAACUCCUUAUUGUCUGACGCCCUUUCCACUGGCGACAACUAUUCCACAGUUGCAUGCCGAUGGCUUCGUAAGAACGAAGACAUUUGGCGCGCCUGGGUGCCAGAUCCAUCGCAAUGCUUUCCACAGUUUGGUUUGUUCGACUUGAGAUCCCAAAGCUUCGUCACCGACCGCAAGAACCUGGGCCCCGCGGACACCGUGGAGUGCCGCGCCUGCCCGGCAGGGCUCAAGUCGCAACGCUUCGCGGACAACAGCGGUGCCGAAGUGGAGAAAAUGCUGGGUGACUAA